AUGUUUCAUAUAAAAUAUCUAUUUUAUUUUAUUCUUUUACAUUUCAUUUUUGCAACAACUCAAGUCAAUAUUUAUUAUACAGAUUGGAUAAAUGAAAAUGAAAGUAGUACUGUAUUACAACAUGAUUGUUUGCGUGUUUCUACUCAUCUUAAAGAUGGUGUAUGGAAUCGUGAAAUUAUAUCUUUUUGUAUGAAUGAUUUGCCAUCGAAAUUCCAUAUCGAAAAUAAUAAUGGUAUCUUUCCAAAGUUUACCUUUGCUGAACUUUCAAAACAGAAUAUUACUAGUCAACAAUUAUACAUUUGGUCAGCACCGAUCAAUACCGUUGAACGUUAUCAAUUCUAUUUAAACCAAAUAUCAACAUCAUAUGAUAAAUCUCUAGAAACACAAAUUUUCUUUAAUUGUACAUUACCAAGAUUUGGUUCUAUGUGUCAAUAUGAACUUCUUUUUUAUCAUCAUAAUUGGUCAUUAUAUGAUCUUAUAAUGAGUUAUUAUCUAAUAUAUGAAUAUGAUCCAACUAAUAUGACUUGUUAUACUCAUUUACAAUGUAAUCGUGGUCCAUUUCCAGCAUGUCUAGAUUGGAGUGAAAUUUGUAAUGGACAUGUAGAUUGUCUCGAUGGUGAAUUUGAUGAAGAACAUUGUUGGCAACUUGAAAUCAAUGAAUGUAAUGAUAAUGAAUAUCGAUGUACUAAUGGGCAAUGUAUACCAAAGGAAUUUGUUCGAGAUGACCAUAUAACUCCUGAUUGUGUAGAUGGCUCCGACGAAUCUAGGAAGAGCAUUGAAUAUUCAUCUACCUGUACGAGUGGUCAAACAUUUUUUGAAUGUACUGAAAGGACAUGUGAGAAUUUAUUCUUGACAAAUUCUUGUAUGGAAAAACGCGAAUACCUACUAAUGAUGGCGAUCUAUUCGAUCAAAGACAAUUCUAUAUCUGAACAAUGUUGGGCAGCUUCGAAAUGUAUCUUAGAAAUACCACUAUCAGAAAAGAUAUCUUGUGGCAAGAUUUGUGAAAAUCGACCAUGUAAAGAGAUCAUAAACAACACAUGUCCAGAUAUGUUUUACAUUCCGAAUGUUCCACUUUUUUUUGGUGACAUUUACUUUGCAUUUAGAAAAAAUGAUUUAGCAGCUAUGCACGAGGAAGAUUUUUUGUUGUAUUAUGUAUGUCCCAGCAAUUCUCAUUACAAUGAGUUUUUUAUUAAUGAGACAACGAUUGUAUUCAAUAAUAGAACAUGUUUUCAUGUUAAGUUGACACCGUAUCGUGGACCUGCUAAACCAAAACCAUGGUAUCCGUAUCUUCUCAUACCUUUCGGAAGAUUAUUCCGAAACCUGAAGAAAUACAAUGUAAUAAUUAACCAUAAUUCUUCAAUUUGUGAUGGACCAAACAUUUAUCAGUGUGCUAAUUCGUCGAAAUGUAUCUCAACAAGUCGUAUUAUGGACACUAACUUUGAUUGUCCUCAAGAAGAUGACGAAGAUAUUGCCCAAAUCAAUAGCACAGGUUUAUCAAAAUUUCUAGAAAAUUAUUUCAACUGCGAAAUAUUCAAAAAAUACAUCCAUCGAUCUUAUGUUGACGAUGGAAUUUGUCACUGUCCUAUUAUUCGUAACCCUUAUUGGUGUGAAGAUGAAAAUGUUCCUGGUAGCUUUGUUAAAAAGAAUAUUUCAUUUCAAAAUAUUUGUGAUCAAUUUACGGAACUAUUUCCAAUACUUAUUGAAGGACAAAAUGAAACCGAUGAAACAGAAUGUGAACAAUGGUCAUGUAAUAAUAUUUAUACUCGUUGUGAUGGAAUAUGGAAUUGUCCGAAUGGUAAAGAUGAAAUUGGUUGUUAUUUAUCUUCAAUAUUAAAUUGUUCUUCAGAUCAUCACCUAUGUGUUUCACCUCACACAAACGAACUUAUGUGUCUCUCUGUUGAGAAGGGAAAUGAUGGUAAGAUUGAUUGUCUGGGUGCUACUGACGAACCAACAUUAUGUUACAGAGAUUUUCAUACACAUAUAAGCGGCAAUUUUUUCUGUAUCGAUGACCACUCUGGUCUAUGCAUUGAUUCCAUCAAGCUAUGUAAUGAGAACAAAGAAUGUAAACAUGGAGAUGAUGAACAAUUUUGUGUAAAAAAUCGAUCCAGUGGUCAUAUAAUUUAUAGUAUUUGUUAUGAAAAUUAUUUAUCGAUCGCUUCUGAUGUCGAGCAGUUUCUAUGUCGCGAAUCAAGAAGAAAGACAAAACAACCAAUUAAAUAUUUUUCAUUAGGUGAAAGCAACAAAGCCAUUAAAUAUGAAAAGAAGAGUAUGAUAAAGCCCGCCUUUUCAAGUUCACCUGACAUUGAGCUAGUUCAUCUGCCUAAACUUCGAUGUCAUCAUGGUAUUGAUUUACGUGUCUGGUUAAACGAUGAAAAGAACUUAACAACAAAUACAUGUCUUUGUCAACCGAGUUUUUAUGGUGAUCAAUGCCAAUAUCAAAAUCAACGAGUGAGUUUGACUGUUAAAUUUCAAGCAUUAUCAGAUUCUUGGUCAACAUUAUUUGCAAUUAUUAUUUCACUUAUCGAUGAUAGUGAAGAAAGAAUAAUUCAUUCACAUGAACAAUUCUCUUAUUUGUCGGGACGAGAUUGUAAAAUUAAAUUUAAUAUUUAUUUACUCUACUCAACUCGACCAAAAGAUCAAACAAAAAAUUAUGCAAUACAUAUUGAUAUCUAUGAAAAAGUUUCAUUAAGUUAUCGUGGAAGUUUAUUAUUUCCGAUAAAAUUUCUGGUUUUACCUAUUCAACGUCUAGCAUUUAUAGCUGUUAUUCCACGUAAGAAUAAAAACAGUCAAACAUGUUCAAAUUACCAAUGUAUUCAUGGUAAAUGUAUUAUUUAUUCAAAUCAUCCGCACAAUCCCACUUUUUGUCAAUGUAAUCGAGGAUGGUCUGGACGAUAUUGUACUAUUCCACAUACUUGUACAUGUUCAUCGGAUUCAAUAUAUAUUGGUGUAUCUGCUUACAAUCGAUCUAUAUGUGUUUGUCCUAUUAAUAAAUUUGGUUAUCAAUGUCUCCUUGUUGAUACAAUUUGUCAAAUGAAUAAUAAUUUAACAUGUCAAAAUGGUGGUCAAUGUAUUUCAGCUGAUGAAUAUUCGAUGUUCAAGAAAAAAGUUCUUUGUAUUUGUCCAAUAGGUUAUUUUGGAGAUCAAUGUGAAAAAGUUGAUAGUAAAAUAAUUUUAAAAUUUCGAAACGAUAUUGUUUUAUCUCAAUCAAUAUUUAUUCAUUUCAUUGAAGUUAUUGUUAAUGCUGCACCAAUUAGAGUCACUACUCUUCGAACAAUUCCUCCUACACAAAAUUCACUUAUAGUUUAUUGGUCACGACCAUUUCAUCUUGUUUUUAUUGAACUUGAAAAUAAAAUUUAUUAUUUAGCAGUUAUUCAAAAAACUUAUGAACAAUCAACAACAAUCGAUACAAUGAUAACUCCAUCAGAUCGUUGUCAACAUAUAAAUGAGUUAUUUAAUGAAACAUUUGUUAAAAUACAUCUUCUUCGUCGGAUCAAAUAUUAUCAUUUACCAUGUCAAAGAAAUUCAACAGAACUUUCGUGCUUUUAUGACGAUCGUCAUAUUUGUUUAUGCUAUGAUUAUGAACAGCAACGUUUAGCCAAUUGUUUUGAAUUUAAUCAUAAUAUGAAAUUUGAUUGUUUCGGUCAAAGUGUCUGUGAAAAUGAAGGUCAAUGUUUUCAAGACAGUCCAGAUUGUCCACAAAGAUCAGUGUGUAUUUGUCCACCUUGUUUUUAUGGAAUACGAUGUCAAUUUAGUGCCAGUGGAUUUGGUUUAUCACUUGAUCCUAUUUUAGGUUAUCAUAUUCAACCACAUAUUAGUUUUAUACAUCAGCCAAAUAUUGUAAUAAUUAGUUCAGUAUUAACUUUAAUGUUUAUAGUUGCAGGAUUUAUAAAUGGAAUUUUAUCUCUGAUUACAUUUAACAAUAAAAUUACAUGUGAAGUUGGUUGUGGUUUGUAUUUAUUAGGUUCAUCAAUAACUACAUUACUUACAACAAUUAUAUUUGGAUUGAAAUUUUGGAUACUUGUUCUUGUACAAAUGGCAACUCUAUCAAAUCGAUCAUUUUUACAAAUUGAAUGUUUAUUUUUCGAUUUUAUUUUACGAGUUUGUCUUAAUAUGGAUCAAUGGCUAAAUGCAUGUGUUGCUACUGAAAGAACAAUUACAAUGAUAAAAGGAGCUCAUUUUCGAAAGAAAAAAAGCAAAAGAAUAGCUAAAAUAGUUAUAAUUAUACUUCUGAUCUUUAUAAUUAGUACAAGUAUUUAUGAUCCUCUACAUCGACGUUUAAUUGAUGAAGAAAAUGAAGAUGAUAAACGACUAUGGUGUAUUACUACUUAUUCAUCCAGUUUACGAAUAUUCAAUUCUAUUAUCCAUACAUUUCACUUUUUAGGUCCAUUUAUAAUUAAUCUAGUAUCAUCUAUUAUGCUUGUAACGAAAACAUCUCGUCAAAAAACAAAUCUUCGAAGUAAUCAAAAUUAUAAAGAAGUGUUAUUUAAACAAAUUCGACAACAUAAACAUUUAUUUACUGCUCCUGUUGUACUAGUUAUUCUUGCAAUACCACGUUUAAUCAUUUCAUUUAUUUCGAAAUGUAUGAAAUCAACAAAUGAUGCAUGGUUGUUUCUUAUUGGAUAUUUUAUUUCAUUUAUUCCACCUAUGCUUACAUUUGUUAUAUUUAUAUUACCAUCAAAAUUUUACAAAGAACAACUUCGUAAGACUCUCAUUGCUUAUCGAACUAGAAUACAACGACGUUUUGAAUAUAUAAAUUAA